AUGGCCCCUCCUCGUCGCCGCGAUCUUCUCAGACGGCGCAGGCGCGAUGCUGAGGAAGAUGAAGGGGCCACGGAGCGCGCCGACGAGUCGCAGAGCGAGGCUUCUCUGUUGAGCGACGAGGACGCCGAUGCCGACGCCAGCGACCUCAGCGACGCCGAGUCGGUCGCCACGCGGAACGGGCACGCCAGACGCUCGAAUGGAAGAGCAAAGGCACCCGAGCCGGCCUCGACGUUUGCCCCGAUGGCCGACACUGAGGCCAUGAUGAACGGCCUCGACAUCGGCCACGACGACGAUGGCGUGGACUUUGAGGCGCUGGGCGGAGAAGCUGCGCAAGAGGCGCCCGCCGUGGCACGGUCAGCCCCCGCGCAGCCCGCGGGCGCAAAGCAAGAGACAAUGGCCGAGCGUCGGCGGCGCGAGCACGAGGAGUACAAGAAGAAGCGCGACGAGGAUCCGGCCUUCAUCCCCAACCGCGGCGCCUUCUUCAUGCACGACCACCGCUCGGCGGGCGCCAACCAAAACGGCUUCAGGCCGUACGGCAGAGGCCGUGGACGCGGGCGUGGCAGCGUCGGUGGUCCAUUCUCACCGGCCAGCGUCAUGGCCCGCGAAGCUGAGGCUACGAGCGCGCCAUGGACCCACGACCUGCACCAAACGCUCGAGGAGCCGCAACCUCAGUCGCAGCCCGCCCCUGUGCCCAAGCAAACAGAGGACAGCUCACAACAGCUGGCAAACCCGCCUGCUCAGGGCGCCAAGCCACAACCCCAGACUCCGCCCGUCAAGUCCUUUUCGUCCACCAAACACAUCGGCAAUGCCCGGAUUCGCGUCUCCAUACCGGGCAUGAAAGCGCCCAUCUACUUCUCUGCCGUGCCGAUCAAGGAGUACACCAGACUGCCCAACCACCGCCCCCCGCUCCGUCGCGACAAGCCCGUGCGCAUCUCGCUCCCAGAACAACCCCCGCGAUACAUAUUCCCCGCGACCGAGAGAUCAUUUAUAUUCAUACCUCGCGCACUGCGGCCAAAUCAGCAAGGCUUUGGAAGAGGAAGAGGGCGCUUCGGCUCGUACGGCGGUUUCUCCAGCCGGAGGACCAGCGCCUAUGGAGGAAGCAUCUAUUCGCCGAGCGUAGCAUUGAGCAGACGGUCUUCGCUGGCGAGGGAAUAUCGGGGUGAUGGUAUUGUGUCUCCCGCCGGCUCGGUCAUGUCAAGGCCACCGGGUGGGCCUAUGGACAACAGACCUGUCGUCCGCCUGCCAGGUGCAAACUAUCCAGGAUCUGGGCCACCAAGCCAGCCGGCAUCGGUGCACGGAGGAGGCACGCCUGUCGUUAACAUGCCUCCGCAGCAAGGCUACCCACUGCCGCAGCGGCCAGCUUAUCGUGAGAACUGGGCGGCGCCGCUCACGAUGCAUCAGCCCAAGCCUCAAAAGACUGUAUCUGUGGCCGGCAUCGAGUCGCCCGCGUCUCUCGCCGUGCACGCUCCGCAACAACAGGAGCAGCAACCAUUCCACCAGCAGGUGCCCACUCACAUGAAUGGGCAGGACCACAACCGCCAGGCUUCGUACCCGUCUCAGGCAUCCACUGGCACUCCUCUCUCAAACAUUCCGGAGCGCGCAAUCCAUGCGCAGCCAUUCCAGCCGUAUCCAACCGGUUACCAGCCUCAACCUUUCGGGACCACUUUUUACUAUCCAGCACCGACGGCUGCCCCACAAUACCCUCCUGGCGCAGUCGUACCGAUGUUCAUGCCCGGUCCUCAGCAAGGCGCGUACCCCGUACCGACUGUCGCAACGACUGUCCCUGCCCCUGCUCCUCCUGGUGCCCCUGCUCAAGGCAACAUGGUCGCUCACGAGUCGAACGGCAUGGUAUACUACUACGAUCCGUCGCAAAUGUACGCACCCGUCGAGGGAUAUGCGCCAGCUAGUUACACAGUACCGGGCAUGGGCGGCAUGAUGACGCCCAGCCCGGACGGCUACUAUUACCCACAGGUGCCUCAAGCAGGGAUGGUCUACUACCCUACGCAGUGA